AUGCCGCAGGACCGCUUUUGUCGCCCGCCGCAGCCGGGCCAGUUUCGCGGCACCUUCUCGGUCACCUCGAUGGGUGGCGUCGGCUCGACGUUCCUGCUUGAGUGGUUUCGCGGGCUCGAGCAGGCGUACCAGGAGAGUGCGGACUGCAGAGACGGGCUGAGGCGCGAGAAGCCGCUCGUCAGCCGCCCGUGCGGCUGCGCGCCCCUCUCCGACGGCGGCCCGGCGCGCCACCUGCUGUCAUGCCACGUCGACGACGACGGAGUCUUCAAGCACCUGGCCGACCCGAGCGCUCUGAACCGGUUUCCUGACCAUAAGGCCAUCUUCCUCGUGGGCUCGCCGAUCGAGGCGGUCGCCUCCGUCUUCCGCCGCAAGUUCCAGUGCUGGCACCUCUACCGCCUCAACGACUGCUGGUUCACGCGAAAGCAACGCGAGGGCCUCAUCCCAUGCAACCAGUCAGGCGUGGUCGCCUUUCGGCAGCAGUUCGGCGCCGCAGCCUCCUCCAGCGUCUUCAAUGUCGCGUGCUCUGCGUUCCGCUCCUGGCUCUCUUGCCGCGCGCCGCGCUGCACGUCCGACAUCCUCGUCGUGCGGUACGAGACGCUCAACGCGUCCGUCCCGUCGAUCCUCGACUUCCUCGACGUGCCGCUCGCCGCGCGCAGCCACUUCCCGCCCUUCACGCCCUCCCACCACGGCGUCGACAGCGGCGCGGCCCAGCAGCUGCGAGGCAUCUACGGGGCGCUCGAUGCGGCCAUCGAGCGGAUCCCGCCACAGGGGCUGCUGCUGCGAAACCGAUAG